AAUAACCUAUCAUGUACCUUCAAAAGCAAUUACGCUUUGUCUUAUGGCGUGUUGGAAGCUUGUCCAGUGAAGUAACCUAUUUCAUGUAAACAAACUUCAUUUAAAUCAUAUUCGUGAUCGGAUAUGAACUAUUAACGAAUUAAAUAUUAUAAAGUAUGAAAAUAAAUAUAAUAUGAAUUCAAACGGGCUAAAAGUAUUAAAGAAAAACAAUUCUUGUCCACAAAAAGUACAAUGUCAAAAAUGUCUAGAAAUGGGACAUUGGAGUUAUGAAUGUAAAGGGAAACGAAAAUAUUUACAUAGAUCUUCGCGCACAACACAGUUAAAGAGAGCUCUGCAAAAGCAACAAGAAUCUAACAGUGAAGAACAGAAGAAAGAAGUAAAGAAAAGUUUACAAAAAAGAAGUCGUUUACAAAAAAAAAUGAAAGGAGAAUCUAGUAGUUCCAGUACUGAUAGCAGCAGUUCCAGUAGUAGUAAUGAUAGCAGUAGCAGUAGCUCAUCUUCAGACAGUGAAUCAGAUUCUACUGAUAGUGUUUCCAGCAGUAGCAGUGGUAGCAGUAGCAGUAGCAGUAGCAGCAGCAAUAGUAGCAGUAGUAAAAGUAGUAAUCAUUCUAACAGUUUUCUAUUUUCAAAAAAGACAUCCUAACUAAACAAUUCUAGAUAAAAAAAAUAAAAAAGACCUUAUUAUAUAUUCAUUUUUUAAAUAUUUGUGAAAUACUUUACCAAUUCAUACAUAUUAAUAAAGAUGUGUAUGAUAAUUUUGUUAUAAAAAAUUAAGAUGACUAAGUACUUAUCUGUAACAUAUCUUUUAAAUAUAUUUUAAAUAAUAAUUUAUAUAAUGCAGCUUA